CGGCCGCGGCCCUCCGCCGCGCCCUCGCACGCACAUGCGCGCACGUUCCAGGAGUUCUGGAGACCUGGCGGACCCGGGCGCGGAGGGAGGCCUGACGGCGGCGGGGGCGGAGCGCGCCGCGAGUUGGGGGCAUGUCCGCGGCGGGCGCCGUCUAGAGGAACGCCGAGCCGCCGCCACCACGUUCUCACUCUCGGCGAGACGCAAGCGAGCCAGGCCGCGGGCCGCGGCAGCGAUGCAGCGACGGCGGCGCCCUCCGCCUCCUGCCGCUCAGCGGCCGGAGGGCGGCGGGGGCGGCGGGCGCGGCGGUGAGGGCGUGGAGGUGCAGUUCUGCGCUGGGCGCCUGGGUGCGGCCGCCUUGCUCUCGGCCGCGGAAGCGGCGCGCAGCGCGGAGGAGGAGGAGGAGGAGCGGCUGGAGCGCGAGCACUUCUGGAAGAUCAUCAAUGCUUUCCGCUACUACGGCACCAGUAUGCAUGAGCGAGUGAACCGAACAGAAAGACAGUUUCGAUCACUUCCAGAUAAUCAACAGAAACUACUUCCUCAGUUUCUUCUUCACUUGGACAAGAUCCGGAAUUGUGUUGAUCAUAAUCAAGAAAUACUACUGACCGUUGUGAAUGAUUGCAUACACAUGUUUGAAAAUAAAGAAUAUGGAGAAGAUGGCAAUGGAAAGAUAAUGCCAGCAUCUACAUUUGACAUGGAUAAGUUAAAAUCUACAUUGAAACAGUUUGUGAGAGACUGGAGUGAAACUGGUAAAGCAGAAAGGGAUGCCUGCUACCUGCCAAUCAUUACAGAAAUUUUAAAACAUUUUCCAAAAGAAAAAUGGGAUCCUUCUAAAGUAAAUAUUCUGGUACCUGGUGCUGGACUAGGAAGACUGGCCUGGGAAAUAGCUAUGCUAGGGUAUGCUUGUCAAGGAAAUGAAUGGAGUUUUUUUAUGCUCUUUUCUUCCAACUUUGUACUCAACAGAUGUUCUGAAAUUAAUAAAUAUAAACUUUAUCCCUGGAUCCAUCAGUUUAGCAAUAACCGGAAAUCAGCUGAUCAGAUUCGACCCAUCUUUUUCCCUGAUGUUGACCCCCACAGUCUUCCUCCUGGUUCUAACUUUUCUAUGACAGCAGGAGAUUUUCAGGAGAUUUAUUCAGAAUGCAAUACCUGGGACUGUAUUGCCACCUGUUUCUUCAUAGACACAGCUCACAAUGUAAUUGAUUAUAUUGAUACAAUAUGGAAAAUACUCAAGCCAGGUGGAAUUUGGAUAAAUCUUGGUCCUCUGCUGUACCACUUUGAAAAUUUGGCAAAUGAACUAUCCAUAGAAUUGAGCUAUGAGGAUAUAAAAAAUGUUGUCCUGCAAUAUGGAUUCCAGGUAGAGGUGGAAAAAGAAUCUGUAUUAUCAACGUAUACUGUGAAUGAUCUCUCUAUGAUGAAAUACUACUAUGAAUGUGUCUUGUUUGUGGUCCGUAAGCCACAAUAAUGAUUUUAAGUGAUAUCACUUGGAAAAAAAGUUUAAUAAGAUCAAAUACUGAAAUAAACAACUCAAAAUCAACUAUCAGAGACGACAGGACACAACCUCAAAUCAGUGGUGCCUUCUUAUUCCUAACAAAGUUUAGAAAUAGUGUCUAUUUUCUUAAUAACAUGUAUUGCUUUUUUCAGAGAUAUACUAUGCCAUGGAGAUUUGUACUACACAAGUAAAAGUGGAGGAAAUAUCUUGAACUUCAUUGAAGCCCAGAAUUGUCUCUCAAUAGAAAAAACUUAAAACUCCAGUGUCUUCGUGAAACUGUCUCUUGCAAAUCUGCCAUAUUAAUGACUGAUAGUCUUGAAUUCCAUAAUGAUUUUCUUUUUGUUUUAUAUGCAUUGCGCAUGUUAUUUUUAAGGAUCUUCUAUUACAUUCACCCUUUGGAAUUGGGACUUUUGUUUAUUUUGAACCUAAGCAAUGUACACAUAAAAUGAGUAUUCUUUCAUCAUUCAAAUUAGUUGAUUUUAUUUUUUCUAGCUCAGCUGAAUUUAGAGAGGCAUCAGAAUUUCAUUUUUAAUGAUACAUUAAAUUUAAUUGUAUCACAGGUCAGUUAAAAUGCAGUCAGGCAACUGAGAAAUUAAGUCUUUUGGCCACACUAAACUGAACACUAUCAACGCAAACUCAUGGGUCAUUUUGAAAUGUAUAAAAUCUCAGCAUUCUAAAUAAGGAAUAAAGGCUUUUUUUAAAAAGUUCUAGAAAACUGGAAAAAUAGGAAUAAAAUGGGCAAUUUAAAAUAUAUGAUUUCCAACUAGAAUGAAUACAGAAUUUGUUAGUGUGAUGUUUACAGUAAUGUCUUUGAUUAUGUGGAUUAUGAAAGCAAGUACUUUCUUUUUUGUUAAAACAAUUAUGUACUAAUUAAAACUCAAUAGUAUUAAUGUGGAAAAUUAAAUAUGAACUUCAGGGAUAAAUUACUGCCAUGGUCUGUGUCUUCAGUAUCUUAAGUAGCAACCAUCCAUGUAAUUUCAGAUUAUUAACAAUUUUGCUCCCUGAUAGAUGAAGCUUAAACAGUAUGUAUGCUGCUUUAAAUUUCUACCUCAGGCAGAUUUUUAUUGGAGAGAAUUUUCCUUUUUUUUUUAGUAUUUGUUAUUCUGUUUCCAGUAGAUUGGAAAGCAGAGAUGGCUAAUAUUUUAACCUUUUCUUGGAGAAAAGAAAGGACUCUUCUUUUACUUUCAAAGAUUGUGAUUACUUUAAGUGACCUCUUGCAAUUCAGGAUUAGAUGAACUUAAUAAUGUGCUGGUAGCAUAAAUACCAUGUUUUAACAGGAAAACCUGUCCGACUUCAGACUUUUGUUGUGAAUUAGGUUAUAGAAGUCACUACGAAGGAAUUUAGUUUUAGGGUUUGGGGACAGGGUAGAUUUGACAUACAGUGAGGAAGCUUUGGUGAUCUUUGCCACAAUUUUGCAGUAGAGAGUUCAAGGAGUUCAUUACAGUGUCACACUGAAGAAGUCUCUGAAGUUUUGUGUUUUAACUAUUUCUUGCUUUGUGACCCUCAGUACUUGGCAGAUGUUCAUUUGAUGGGAAUACUCAUUACCUACGUGAAUGAACUUGAAAUAAAUUACAAGGGGACAAAAAAAACCCUAAAAUUAAGAAAAAGUAGGGCUGGGGAUUUAGCUCAGUUCUGCCGCCUGCCUUGCAAGCACAAGGUCCCAAGUUAGAUCCCUGGUACCAAAAAACGUAAAGGAGCAUAAUUUUUUUUUAAGUCCAUUAAAUGGCAAGGAAUGCAUGCUAUGUUUGAGUAAUUUAGAAAUGCUUUUUAUUCACUGGCUAAUAUUUACUUUUUUACAACUUGUAUCAAAACAAAUGAUCUUUGUUUUUCUCACAAAGGCAAAAACUGACACUGGUAAGUUGGUUUUAUUACCUAAAAUUACCUAAUGAUGUUACUUCUGUUUCUAAAUUACAGCAUAUAUUUUAGUUAACUCUAAAAUCAGUUAUUUCAUUUGUUUUUAACCUAUUGUUAGUAUUAUUUUUUAAAUGUUCUUAUACAAAUUUGCACCACUUUUUCUUAUAGCUUUUUCAGUUAAUCUAACUUGAAAAUGUGUUAGCAAUGAGUAGUAGAAGUGUCACUGGAAGAUUUAAUUUUGUAUUUCUUAAGUUUAGUUCUAGCUACUAAAAUGUGUAACAUUGAAGUUUUUUUUUUUCCUUCCUUAAAUUAGCUCUAUACACAAAUGUUUUCCUUUUCACUAAGUGGUCAUUGUGCUUGCAUUUUAAAAAAUUUUCAUAUUCUAAAGUGGUGCAGAUUUAAGCUAUGUUAAGUGAGCAAGGUGAUAUAUAUAUACACACACACACAUACAUAUAUGUAUAUGUAAAGAGAAGCCGUAUAAAUCACAGUAUAAAAUUAUGAAGUGUACUGUAUUUAUAUCUAAUUCUCAUUCUAAAAGCUGCCAUAAAGGCUGAAUUGGAAGCUUCAUGUCUGCAUGAAAUUUCCUAUAUUUUUAAUGUAUGAUGGACUUAAUUUUUCUUGGAUAUUAAAGUCUGCCAAUUGCUAUGAAA